UUAAACCUUCACGAUUUAGGCCAAUCAAAUUAGAUCCAAAAAUAGCGUAUUGAGGAAUUAAUUCCCAGUAAGCUGGAAAUUGUUUUAAUACAUUUAUUUGGUCCUUAAUGCGUGUAAUCCGAGUUUGCUCUAUCCCAGGAGGUGUGCAUAUAUUUUGGGAUCCUUAGGAGAUAUUUUUUUCCUUUUGAUUGCCAAACCACUCGAUGUAGAAGGAACCCACUAUCAAUUACAAUAGCACUUGGUGGAUCAGACACUGGUAAGAAAGCGUUUUCGGAUUAUUAACAUAAUUUUACCAAAAAUAAUAAAUGACGACCUUUUUUUAUUAAGGUACCUUAAAUGAAUGAAUCAAUCAAUAUAUUUUAUUGCAAGGACAUAGUUAAUAUAUAGUUAAAUUAAUACUCGUAAUUAGAACAAAUUUUCCGUCGGCCGUACCGUUGUCGAUUUACAAGCAAAAAAACUGCAAAAGAGGAAACAUUUAUGCACACCUCCUGGAAUGGAGCAAACUUGGAUUACACGUAUAUUUAGGUUGAAAAAAUCUUAUUGUGUUGGCCUAAUUGUGACACAUUAUUAUUUAAGAAAACGGGACUUAAUCGCGUUUGAUUAAGUUCUAAAAUUACCUCCAACGUCAAAAUAAUGAUGUCAACUUUACACAGUCUUCUCUGAGACCAUGGGGACAACGCCGUCCUUGAAACGUCUGGUCAGAGGUAAUUUUAAAACUUACCCUAUUAAGUCCCGUUUUCGUAAACAAUAAUUUGCUAUUUAAGACAUUCGUGGCCGUUGGUACUGGUUCUGACAAGAACCAAUGGCCAAUGACUAAGCCCCUACUGAAGCUCGGCCUUUGCCCUCACAUGAAUGAGCUUCGCAGGAAAGCUCUAGAGGUUGCAAAACCCUGUACGGAGUACGGCCUAUGUCUUACGUCUUCGCUUACACUUGGACAAUGGUUGGCUUGGCCUCCGGACUUAUGCGAAGCACGGUCUUCGAAUUUGCUUACACUUGACCUUACCUACUAGUAGAAAAGGCGCAUAAUUAAAUUUUCUAUGGGACAAUAACCCUUUGCGCCAAUUUUUUUUUAAUUUGCCGCUUUUUUCUACUGGCGAAAAUGGCUUGUCAGACUAUAUAUAAUACAACAAGUAAUGAUGUGGCUAUUGGAACGCACCUCUUGUCAAGGCCUAAAAAAAAGUGAACUGUCAGAUUGGAUAAGUAUGUGUUGGGAUGGGAAGGUCAAUCACAAGUUUUUUGAGUUGAGUGAUUCAUUAUCGAGGGGUUCAAUUAGUUUAUUUCCUGUUACAUCAAAUUUUAAUACAAUAACAUACAGUGCCAUUUAAGAUAAUCAAGUAUUAUACCAGUAUGAUAAUAACAAUGUUGUUAUACACGAGUAAGGGCUACGAGUGAAUUGUUCAAUGGAACGAAUAUUGUAAAUUUGUGUUUGUGUAUGGAAAGUACCUUUCUGUACAAUGCCUUUCGAUUUUUUGUGUUGUGUGAGGCCGGGGGUGGAGGAUGUGUGCGAGUUAGACUAUUCCCACCAGUCCUUGACGGACGUUCCUACGGAAGUGUUCGUCUAUGAAAGGACGCUCGAGACUCUACUAUGUAAUAGCAACCGAAUUAGCGAGUUGCCGCGCCAACUGUUCAUGUGCCAUGGCCUGAAGCACCUGGAUCUCAGUGACAACGAGCUUCAAGCAAUCCCUACGGCCAUCUCUUCCCUGGUCAACCUUCACCAUUUCAACAUCAGCAGGAACACACUCGCCUCGUUACCUGACACCAUGAAAGGCCUGAAGUAUUUAACAUUCUUAGAUUUAUGUGUUAACCCUUUGGAAAAACUUCCCGAUGCCAUCACAAAUCUAAUUGCUUUGCAAGAAUUAUAUUUAAACGAUACCUACCUUGAGUAUCUACCGGGUAAUUUUGGACGACUUGCUAAUUUACGUAUACUUGAGUUAAGAGAUAAUUAUUUAAUGAUUUUACCUAAAUCUUUGUCUCGCUCAACUGAACUUCUCAGACUUGAUUUAGGUCAGAAUGAAUUCCAACAAUUCCCUGAAGUAAUUGGAAGAUUUAUAAAGCUGAGAGAACUGUGGAUCGACAACAACAGUCUGACAAGUAUACCUAGUGUAAUCAAACCUUUGGAGAACUUGAUACAUUUGGAAGCUAGCAAUAAUAUGAUCGAAGAGCUUCCUGUUGAAAUUGGAUACUGUUCAAAAUUAAUGGACAUAAGUUUAUCAGCAAAUGCUCUCACUCAGCUUCCAGACAGCAUCGGUCAACUUGGCAAUCUGACAACACUAAAAUUGGACAAUAAUAGGCUGUAUUCUAUCCCAGAGAGUAUAGGUCAGCUUUCAAAUCUAGAGGAGUUAAUGCUCAUGUGCAAUUACAUAGACAAAAUCCCGUCUUCUAUUGGUCUGCUCAGAAAAUUACAAUAUCUCAAUAUUGAUGACAACAUGAUAAGAGCAAUACCCCCUGAGAUAGGAAGUUGUUCAAGAUUAUCAGUAUUAUCAUUGCGAGCAAAUAAAUUGACUAAGGUCCCGCCAGAAAUUGGUCACCUUUCCUCCUUAAAAGUUCUAAACUUAGUGAGAAAUUCUCUGAACAGCCUUCCUCAGUCCUUACUGAAUUGUGAUAAUCUUGUUGCCCUUUGGCUGUCUGAGAAUCAAAGCAAACCUCUUGUGCCUAUGCAUUCUGAAGUGGAUCCACAAACCUAUGAGCAAGUCCUCACUUGUUUCCUCUUUCCCCAAGUGCCUUUGACCCCCAUUGAAAACAAAUUGGAGAAUGACAAAUCUGAAAAUGCAGAAGUUCAGCCGUCUGCACGCCAUAUUAGCUUUGUAGACAUGAAAGUAGCACCUAAAAUACCUGAAAAGCCAGGUCAGUUAAGAAGAGCGCCAACACCUUAUCCAAAAGAGUUAAGGGCUCUGGCCAAACAUGCCAGAAAUAUUCACAAAGAUGGUACACAAGAUGUGUCUCCUCCAAUGCAAAAUACUGUAUUAAUCAAAGCUGCUAAAAUAACACCUACACUACAGCAGAGAUUUGCAUCAGAUAACAAGAAGGAAAUUGAAGAUGGCAAGGAUAAUACAGAUGGCAAUACUGAUCCUAUGAAGGUUUCUGUCUAUGAUAAUGUUACACCGGAUAAUGCAUAUGACAGACCUCUUGAUCUAGAAAAGACCUAUAAAAGUGUAGAUCAUGCAUUGUACCCUGAUAACAAUGUUGAUGAGGAUAAUGAUUUUAAACCUGUUAAUCACUAUAACAUGUCACAAAAAUCACAUUUUGGGAAUGAACAUAAUACUGAAGUUUAUUCUUCAAGACAGGAACUUGAUAGGAAUAAUGUUCCAGUACCUCAAAAUGUAUAUACCCAUAUGGAACCUAAGAAUUAUCAUAAUAGCAAUGAAAAUAAUUACCAAAGCAAUUUCAAUAGGGUACACAGUCAACUACAAAGAUUAAGUUUAACCUCUCAAGAUAGACGGUCAAAUAAUGAAACCAUAAUAUCAACACAUUUUGAUGACAACACAUAUAAUCACAGACCCGUAAUAGACAAUGCUAAAAAUUUUGAGGCCAUUUACCAUAGAAGAGAACAUCCCAUAACGAAAGGAAAUCACCAUGAAAGAAUUUAUGAAACUGAGAGCUAUGGUUAUGCUAAUGACAAGAACUACAGCCAAAGCAAUUAUGACUGUUACAGCUAUCACCCUCAUGGCAAUGCGCCAAAUCCGCGAGUACACACUAUUAGCCAGGUCGUCAGCUCGACAACUAUGCCUAAUUUGAGUAACUACAGCAGCGCCUAUCCAGGCCCCCCUGUAGAAAGUCAUCAUUAUUCUACAUCAUCUCCAAAUGCCAAUAUUUAUGGAAUGUCAGCCUCAAGUCCUACUUACAUCCCUACGCAGUCGCCAGAAUUGUAUUCACCAACAGGGCAUACAAAUACUACUAAUCCAUACAGGAUGACGAACACACCACUUAUUUCGGAUGACGGUAGUUACAAUCAUGUACACGCUCCUUCAACACCUAACAUGUAUGAUUUGUAUGACGCUAUACCAAGUCCUUCAAUCGGAGCUCCGUCAAACCCACCGAGCGUGAUAAGCCAUCGCCACAGCCCAAGCAGUGCAAUGUCUGAACCAGUAUAUGGUAGAGGCCAGCCUCCGCCUUACCAUGUAGUAGCUCCUUACACGAAACACGCUCAAUAUUUCAAUGGAACGGGUGGAUAGUGUUUAAUGAAAGGAAAACAGAAGAUCUUACAAAAACCCUGCCCAUAUCAUCAAUAACAAGUAAGUGGCAAGUGUUAGUGAUCUGAUGUCUGUUUUCUAGACGUGCAAUUUUAAUGUGAUACCUUCAUACGUUGAAGUUGAAAAGGAAAUACUGAGGUGCUACAAGGUGGAUUUUAUUGUUGGAAUGUGUCCAAAGGAAUAUUUUUAUGACUAGUUCUUUAGUGCGAUGUGAGUGCUUCAUACGUUUAGAGCAGUGCUCGGAAACAAAAACCAACCAUUGCGUACUUCGAUAGUGACAAGCUGUGGUGUACAACGACUGGCAAAUCAUUACUUCCGGGCACUGAUCCAAUUGAUCAUGAUUGUCUAAAAGUCAGAAAAAUGUGGCUGCUGGCGUAGCUAUUGUCAUUGAUGCCAAAGUAGUGACUGCAGCUACAAUAGAGUAAUUAUUUAAUUAAAUUGAGUAGGAUUUAUGGCAUAUAUAUGUAUAUGGCAAACUGUAAAAAACGAGCACUCUAGGUGACAGCGUAGGUACUGGUUUAGUACAUUGUGUAACAACUAUGUUGUUUCAUUAAUUAUACUGUUAUGAAUAUGAUAUGAUUGUUAAAGUAAUAAUCAAAUUGAUAAAUAAAGCCUGCACGGAAAGUUGUGAAGCUCAGCUAUAUGUCAGCAAUAAUACUUAAAACUGCAAAUCUCUAUACAAAGUUGCAUACUUUAAGAGUUUCACUCGGUGGCAUUACAAUUUAUGAUGUAUGCGAAAAAGAGGUCCCAGUGCUGUAUAAAAUGUAUGGAUCCGAGACCUCAAUUAUUGCCUUGCUAAAAAUUUGUUCACUCUAAAAGAAGGUAAAUUUGUAUAGCGACCUGCAGUCAUGAAUACUAUAAUGAACACAAACAUUUUGUCCGCUGAUUAUUAUAAGUACCAAAAAUAUUUCUGAAUUAUCGUUUAUAUCGUCACGAGUUUUUUUUUUUGUAAGGCGCUUAUAAAAAACUAAGGUUUUACUCAGAGUAAACCCCUAAAAAAAUUAAGUACAGAAUUAAUUUCUUGUGUUCACCCAAAUUUUGUUAAUUGCUAUUAUUAACUGCUCUGAUUCCGUAAACAUUUGGCUGACAAUCCGUCCGCUUCCCGAAAUUGGGCGAGCGAAAUCACCCAUAAAACUUUUUAUAAUAAAGUUUUCUGGGCAGGCAUUGCCUAUUUACAUUUUAUCUAUUACAAUCUUGAAAUGAAGGCUUGCACUAAACAUUUUAAAAAUAUUUUUGUAAAAUUUGUCUCAUGUGAUAUGAUGUUUGUAUUGUAUAUAGAACUAACUUCAAAUAUAUAUUUAAUUUUUACUGUGUAUUGGAACUAACUCUUAUCUUUGCAUUUCAUUACUAUAUUUCUGUACGUAUAUAUGUUUUGCCAGAUGGCGUAUCAGGGCCGCAAUUGUCUUUGACAGGGGUCAGCAAACCGCGGCUGUUCUACUUAAAUAUAUAUAUAUAUAAAGUUUUUGAAACAGAUGGUUUUUUCCUCAAAAAGACAAAUGUGGCCACGACCACGAUAGACGCACGGUCAUUAAUGAAGAUCUAACUUUUUACAGGGCCUAGGUAUAUUUAAUUAAAAAUUGGUCGCAAUUUCCUUAAUUUUUAGAUUCAUUCAUAAAACUGUUAACUACUAUUAAUGUAAGAAAGAUGCAGCCUAGUUUUGUUUAUGGUAUUGCUUAGUUGGGAAACCCCUGAUAAUUCAAAUUGGCCGCUAGAACCCAAUUUUUUUUUUAGUCCAUAAAUAAAUAAUUAAGCAUUCGUAUUUAGGUUUAAAAUAUAUCAAUGGACAACUCUCCGUCUCACAUUAGGCAAUUGUAAUACAGUGAGCGAUGUUUAUAAUACAAUACCAUGUAAAAAUAGGUCGACUAUUUUAAUUAAAUUCAACUGCCGAAGAAUUUAUUGUGACAUGCAAUUAAGUAUUAAGCCUGAUUUAUCACAAUUAGAUAACGUUUAUAUUUAUAUAAGUUUAUUUUUGAAUGUAAUGCUUUAAUUGUAAAUUUAAAUUUAAUUAUUUUUUAUGAGAUGACGUCGCAAUAAUUACUUGGGUAUUUUUCCAUUUAAAUGUUAAUUAAUAUUAAUUGUGCCAUUGUCAAAUUAACACACGUAAUCGACUUUUCCUAUCAGUACCCCUAGUGUAAAUAAAUUCGAUUUCGAAACGUGACGUACGCGUUUGCGUUUAGUCUCAUUUUGUAUUGGAUUUAGAAAGAGCGCGCCAAGCGGGACGUUUUGGAAACUCAAAAUCCUAUACAAAAUGAGACUUAACGCAAACGCGUGAAACGCGUUCGUCACGUUAUGAUGUCGAUCAAAUUUACACUAUAAGGGGUACAGUACCUACGGGACAAUAACAACUUAAGUUUUAUGAUUUUUGUAUAUCUUUGAAGUGAAAAUACGGCUCCAACAUAAAUACAUAAAAAAACAUACGUAAAUAGUUUAAAUUACUAAAGUAUAAACCAACUCUUUAAAAUAUUCUAGUCAAUAUGCAAUUAAGUUAUACGGAUUUUGGUACAUAAAGCUCUAAUCGAAAUUAAAAACAUUGGGACCAUUAUAAGAGCGUCAAAAUUAUUCUACGUUCUUAUUGCAAUGUAAAUAGUUUUGUAUUCGUAAUAUGUUUGACGUGUCCUCAGACACGGGUACUAUCUAUAUCUGGUAUAAAUUUUGCCUGAUCUGUUGCCGUUUCAGUUAUAAAAGGUUAAAAGCUAAAAUUAAAAUAUGUAGUUGAAAAACCUGAUUUGUGGUGUAACCACACAAAUGUGAUUAAGAAGUAUGUAAGUGAUAGUAGAACUUGUACAGUUAUGAGUAGUACAUUUGCAAUGGUUAAGACGUAUUAGAAUUUGUAGGACCAAUAUAAAAUACAACAAAUUUUGUUUAUUUUAGUUCAAAUAAUUUCAUAGUAACAAGUGUUUUUAAAUUCUUUGAAUGUUUCAAUUGACGAGUAGUUUUAAACAAUAAAACGAACACAUGAGUUUUACUAAAACUGUCCAUAGUUUUAUUGCAGGUAGUUAUUAUGUCUAACAUAAAUCUUUCAAACCGCAGGUUAUUGUUACAAUCAAUAUGUGGUUUCAUUGAAAUUGUACCUGUUUCAAGUAUAUAUAUCAUGGCAUUAUGGUAUUAGUCGAGUUAUAUAGUUUUCCUGUUUGUAUUUUUCUCAAAAUCCCCAUCCCUUUAGAAAUUAACAUUUAUGACCCAACUACGGCAAACAAAAGCAGGGUUAUUUUUAUAAUAUGUUUUCUAACUUGAAGUAUUUAACUUUAUCUUUAAAUGAAUAUAAUAUACCUUUUUUAAUGUCCUCGUAUUUUAUCUCAGAAAAUCCGAUCCAACUAUAUCAAUUUCUUUGUUCGAAAUUAUUCAUUUAUUAGUUGGAUAGAUUUCUAAAUAAUAAAAAGGUAUUUAUUUCCGUAAUGAUACAUAUUUUGAAAUAUAGAUAAUUAGUCUACGUAUAGGUAUUGUACAAUUAGUAAACGCCGCAUUUAAAAAGCACAUAGCUACUUAAGAUUUUGCACAAAGGUGGACCUCAAACACAAUAAAAUACAUCACUUAUUACAAUUAUAACAGUCCAUAAUGUUAACAAUAAAUAACAAAGCUUUUACCAUUUAUUGCUUUUCCUAAAGCAUAAGUUACAAGUUACAUAAGUUUAUAAGUCAAUUUAACUGAGAUAUUAAUUAAUUACAGAAUAGGUACUCAUGUAGAUUGAAGACUUAGAAUUAUUUGAAAAGCAUGUCCCUCCUUUCGUAAAAAACGGGAUCUAUUUAAGCAUUAUUCUGUUUACCAAUGUAUGUAAUCAUAUAUUUUAUGGAUGAUAAUUUUUGUUAUUUAAGUAAAACUACAUUCUGCAUAAUUUUAUUAAAUGUAAUACAUAUGUAAUACAAAACGCUACAUUCUGAAGACUGAAACCUAAAACAUAUCAUUAUUUUCUUGUUUUAUAUCAAAUAAUUAUGUAACUCUAAAAAAAUAGUAUGUACUUAAUUCUCAGGUCAUUUCCAUGGGGCAAAUUAUGUAUAUCUGCAUUUAUUAAAAAUGUGUCUAAUCUGACAAAAUGUUAUUCAUCUACAAUUUUAUUAUCUUUAAUAUAAUAUCUCUGCUACUUUUAUAUAGAGCUAUUGUUUGUCACAUUGCAUCCAUCAAAAUAACCACCCAUUUAAUAAUAGAAUAGGUAUUAAAAAUCUAUACCAUCCGUUGUUUAUAAAAUAAUACCAAAAUGUACUUCACUUAUGCUUUUUUAAUGUUAUAAUUUUUCAUAAAUAUUUUUUUUUUCGUGCAGUAUCAACUCUUAUCAGUUUUGUAUUCAAACAAAUUUAACUUCAAUUUAGAUAUUAGAAAUACUCGUAAAUUUGAUAUGCGGGAAUGAUACGAAUAAGUCUUAAGGAUGAAAAGUGUUUUCAGAAGUGAUGGACCAUUUUGAUUGUAUUUAUUUAUGCCUAAUAGUAUUUUCAUUUUAUUCCAAUUUUUUUGUAGCUCUUCGACGUCUGAGUAUAAUUGAAUUAAAUAGUCCAAAAUGAGAGUUGUUGGAUUGUCCUAUUGGUACAACAAGGGACAACAUGUUAAGCUAUAUCAGAUUAAAAUCGCACUUUGUGUUAUUGUUAUUUAGAGAAUAAUUUUCUUAACUCAUCAGCUCACUUUACAAUAAAAAGAGUGUAUAUGAACUCAUCUUUAUCUAACCAUAUUGUCUAAAUGCGUUUAGUUCUAUGAAAACGAUCAUAUAAUUGUAGAUAUUGAUGUUUUUAAGAACUGGCAAAUUAAUUGAUACAAGGCACAAACUAGUAUUACAAAAUAAAUGGUUAAGAAGAUCUUUGUACAAAGUAAACAUUUAAAGAAAAUAAAAAUGUAGGUAUGUCAUUUUCAGUUGGAAACUUCAAUGCGAACGUACUAACUCUUUAUACGUCCGGUAAAUGUAACUACAUAAAUACAGAACCUCUUAGUUAAAAAUUGUACAGCUCUUAAAUAUGGUCUAAAACAAAUUUUAAUAAUACACUGUAAACUGUUUUUAUUUCCAUGUAACUAUAAAAGGUCUUAGGUGAAAUAUUCUUAAAAAAUCUAUAUAAAUCCUAUACAAAACAACUUUGGUUUAAUACAAAUUCGAUAAAUAUUUUAAAACUUUUGAUCUAUGCUUCUGGGCUAUAGAAAGAAAGAAAGAAUAAUAUAAAAUUUAGUGUCAGUGGCGAAGAAUAAAGUUUUGGGUUCAAAUAUUUUCUUUAGUAUAUAAUAUAACAUCUAUUAUCAAUUUAAUUAAAUUUAUUUGCGACACAAAUAUAGCAUAAAAAAUGACGAUAAAAAGGACCCCGACAGCAUAAUGCCACGUAAACAGGCUCGUGCGGGUUUUCAGUGGGGACCUGACUUACUGUAACUAAUUAACGACACAAAUAGGCACAGAAAUGUAACGUAUGAUAAUGGUAAUGUAAGGGUUAAUGGUAGCUUAGUAAAACAAAUACUGAGACUAGAAUAAGAAACAUGGUACAUAAAUACUACAUACGUAACGUAAAACAAGUAACAUUCUGGUAAGAAAAAAUAUAGAUCAGAAAGCUUUAUCUCAAUUAAUGUACAGCGAGAUGCGAAAUUGCAUGGAGAAAUUAUAAAUGAAUAAAUUGAUAGUCGCCAUGCACUUUUACGGCUGAUGGUACCUACGUAGGUAUAAGUAGAUUUCUAAGAAUGUAAUAGUGAUUUUAUGAGGUUAUAAAAGAUUUUAUUUAUUGUGCCAUAGAUUUAAUUAGAGUACUUACUUAAAAUGUUAAAAAUGUUAUAUUUCGAUGACUAAUAAAACAAUACUAAUUGUAAAUUAAAUACAUAUGUAAUUUCGUUUCCUAAAAGUUUACUGUCCCAAAAGAUGGCGGCUAUUUCUUACAACGUUGAAAUUAGCUUGUAUAAACUUAUCUGCAUAAGUACGUAGAUGAAAAUUAUUAUUUGAGCUCUACACCUCAGCAGAGCAGAGUAGGGUAACAAAUGAAAAGAAGAUAAAUCAAGUGGACUGUUGUUUUCAUGUCGAAAAUAUUUUUCUUAAUUAUUGGGCUGUUUAUUCUAGCCUAAGGAUAUAAAAGCCUCGUUAAUGGGGCGGUUAGAGUUGCAUCUUACGACAUGUCAGGGUUCUCGCACUAAGACGUGUUUACGAUCACAAUAGUCGUGCCGUGAAUGCGACAUAAAACAUGUCAGCUCGUUCGUGUCCUGCAAAAUAUUUGUUGAAACUAGUGCUAACGAUGUGUUAGAAUGGUACUGAAACGAUUAUAAACGGCAAUAUUACAUGAUUUGAAAAUCCUGAAAAAACAACAAAAAAAUGUAGAGUCAGACCAAGCAAAAUCGGUAAUAAAUCGUAUUUGACAGCAUAGACUGCAAAUGUUUUUUUAAGCAUCAAACUUUAUGAGUUAACUUGGUCUUGGUUUGAUUCUACCUUCAUAAAAUAUUUUUUAAUGUUUUCUAUUGCUCUAAAUGUAAUUUUUGUACUUUGUUAGGACCAAAACGUAUGAUGAUAAUUUUUGGAAAUUUAAUAAAUGUAUUGUUGAUUUUUUGGAAAGAAUUCAAUGGCAAUUGAUAAUAGAAAAUUUUAAAAUUAAUCAAAGAAUUUAUAGAACUCAGAAAAAGAGGUUUAUACGGGUAUUGUACAAAUACAUUACAUCUCAAUUCGAAUUAUAAAUUAAAAAAUAUAAUUGACUUAUAAAAUAAUAAUUUGCGAUAGUUAUUUUAUACAAAGGAGAAAUAUUAUAGUAUAAUUUAGUCAAUAAUCUUAUUCGUUAAAAGGAUAAGUAAAUGUAGAUAUUUUGUAUGUAUUUCAUUUGUAUUUAUCAAGUUUUUAUUACGCUUUGUCUGCUAUGUAUGAUUACUCAGUGGUUAGUAGAGUAUAGGGUUUAAUAAAGAGUUUGAAACUGUA